UCUUCUUGCAAACCUGGACUACAGAAAUCUCCAUAUUAAUCGUAAAAAUAACCGUACCCUUUGGUGAGCUCGAGGUUGUCAACCAUGUCGUCUCUCAAACUUCUAGCACUUUUCUCACUGUGUGUUAUCUUACGUCUAACAGUCGCUGAAGACGCGGGCACCUCGUCCACAACUUGUGGCGGCUCCCCCGACCCAGCACCAGACGCCCAGGGCUGCAGCAUCACCGGCAACUUCGUCUUUCACAGUGGGAACUGUGUGGGGAAGAACGAGCUGGAUGAGCUCAAAGCAAGGCUUCAAGAACUUUCCGAUCGUGUCUCAGGGGACGUCUCAAGGAGAGGAGAGUCUGAGGAAAACCCAGCUAUGUCAUGCCGCGAGAUCUUCCUGUCUGGCUCCUACACAAGCGGGCUGUACUGGGUACGGCUCUCCGCACGGGACGAGGGGGCAGUCCAGGUUUGGUGUGAAAUGGGCUUCCAGGAUGGCGGCUGGCUGAGGAUCUUCAACAUGAUGGCCAAGGGAGCCUCCACAGACCAGGCUGCCGAGAUGUAUGACAUCAUAACCAGGAACGGCCCUAUCCAGGCAGUUCUCUCCAACACCACUAGUAGCGCUAUUUACACCCAGGGUCUGGACUUAGGAAUGUACCACGAGGUUGUGUACGGCUGGGCCAAGUCCUCAGCUGAUGUGGUGUCUCACUACGGCUACUACCGUGACGACCUGGGCCUGAAGGGACACUGUUACAUCGACGGCUUCUGUGGGGACAACAAGGUGGUGGCCACCAUGACCAGCAGCGUCACGAAGGAGAAGAAGGAGAUCAAGACUGGAAAUGACCCGACCUACCCUCACGUGGGUCUCGGCUGGUCGACCCAACAGAUCACGUGGGGUUACGACCUGAACACGUCUCCUCACGGCCACUGGGCGAACUGGUACACCAGCUCCUGCUGUCUGACCGGAAAUACCGCCGACAUCCGGGAUGCUGGCAGCAACUGGCGCUACACCAUCCUCAUCCGUUAGAGGAAGGGAUGAUUAGCCUCCUGUGUUGACUUACUAGCGGCUAGCGUUAAUUCCGUUUACCUUCGCAGAAGGAAAACAUAUUGUUUUUGCUCAGUUUCUUCUUCUUCCUCUCCCUCUAAACAACUUGAUAAGGUUAAUGACAUGGAGGACGCGCCUGUCACCAUGGUAACUAGUACUGUAGCAACAACAUCGGUGUUGGGUUACAUCGUGUAGCAGGACAGAGUUGGAGAGGCCAUACAUAUGAAUGUACAAUGUAUUUGACUUUAAACAGUGCAGCAAUUCGUCGGACUAGACCAGGUGAAGAUUUUAUUAGGGCGAUCACUGACUAGAGUAGCGCAGCAGAAUCUUUUCAGGGGGAGAGAUGUAUAUAUGGUGGAGGGUUGUAUCGGGUGAAGAGCUGUGUCGGGCCACCUUCGCCAAAUACAUAUCUCUCCUAGAAAAGCUAAGAAACUGCUCCGUUCUCUAGCCACAUAUCAACGAAAAUUGUAUCUCCAGUUGAAUCGGUUUGUCCAAAUUAUAUAUAUCAAAGGAAUAGUAAUACAAACUGUACUAGUAGUUCUGGGAGAGUAAUUGGGAUUAAAUUUACAUUUUCCUACAGUUCAAUCAUCGACAAUGUCAACGCUAAUAUUUUUAUAAUUCUCGACUUGACAGGUAGAGCUGGCGCCAAGCAAUUGCAGUGCAGGAGUGAUCUGCUAGACGGCGAUAGCAAACCUAAUCUAUCAGUGCGAACCAUACCUAUAAACGUUACCAUUCUCAUCUAAACGUGUUUUCUUAUUACGGCAGAAACAAUGAGGUCGUUGUCAGCAUUAGUUAUUCAAAUUAAUUGAACUCAAGACGAUCGAACAGAUAUUGUAACUCCGAGAAGGAGGAGUAUUGCUCAUGUGGUCAGUUGGUUUUACAUGUUCGCAGAUAAAAAUCACGGUUCCCGUUGUAUUCACACGAACUCAAGUUUGCAUGAGUGUUCUCGAUGAUUCAACUUCUUUCUAAUAAAUACCUGAGUUGAAAGAAUUAAAGCGUCCAUGAUAAAUGAUUAUAGGUUAAUCAAGUAGGCUG